AUGUCCGGGAGUCACACCGGGUGCAGUCCGGUGCCCGCUGCCCUGGCACUUUUGGGUACUCUGGCCAUUUCGGGUGCCCUGGCCCUUUCGGGCACUCUGGCCCUUUCUAGCAGCCUGACACUUUCGGGCACACGCUGGCACCCUGGCCGAUGUUACACCGUGACGAGGCUUGAUUCAUUGGUGUUUCCGGAGGCCCUCGAGCACUCCUAUCUGCCGCUGCGUGGGGAAACGGGCGUGGGUUGUCUCGGCCAGCCUGCGUUGUUGGAACCUGCCCGAAUAGCUGUGCCCCCUUCGCUGUCUGGCGACACGGACAAGGCGAUCUGCUCGCGCGCGAGCUACCACCUGCUGCAGCUGCUGCAGGCACACCCCGCGAUGAAGGCGGUGAUUGUGCGGGAGGUCCGCGCGCUCGUGUUCCGUCCCGGGGGCCCGGGCCCGGGGCCGCGCGACGCGGCUGGGGCUGGUGCUGGUGGGAGCGAGCCGCGCGGGCAUGUCCACACGUACAUCCGAUUCGCGGACGAAGACGCGCAGGGCGAUGGUGCGGGCGGAGAAGGGGCGGCCAUGCGUCGGGCACGCGGCGCGGAUGGGAACGCGCGGGGCAAGGGUGCCCCAGGCACGCGCGCGGGGGGGCCGGCGACGAUGGCGCGGUGGAACGCGCACGCGUGGUACUACGCGGCGGUGACGCUCAACCAGGUCGUGCUGAGCCCCGCGGAGGCGGACCGCGCGGUGGCGCGGACGCUGGUGGGCGUGUACUUUGAGAUGUUCGAGGAGGUGCUCGGCGCGAAGCGCCGCGGGGAGGUGAGCGAGGAAGCGGCUGGGAGCGGCGGAGAAGGCGGUGGCCAUGGAGAUGGGGAGGCGAAGGCGAAGGGCAAGAACGGGGGGAGGGAGAAGGGGGAGAGGAAGGGGAAGGGGAGGAGGCCGGCGGGCGCGAAGGAGGUGCGUGGGGCAGCCGGGUUUGCCGAGGUCGAGGAUGCGACGUCGAGGCUGCUCGGUGCGGUCCUGACAGGCGUGAACAGGGCGUUGCCGUUCGCGAAGCUGGACGUUGCGGGGGAUGAGACCUUCAAGGCGCACAUCGACACGCUGUUCCUCAUCACGCACACCUCGACGUUCAACAUCUCGCUCCAGGCGCUGCUCCUCGUCCUCCAGAUCACCACCUCUCUCUCCGCGCACCACCCAUCGCAGCCGUCCACGUCCGCUGCGCCCGCGUCCUCCUUUGCGACGGCGCUCACAGACCGCUUCUACCGCACGCUCUAUGCCUCGCUCGCUGACGCGCGGCUCGCCGAGUCCAACAAGCAGGCGAUGUACCUCAACCUCCUGUUCAAGGCGCUCAAGGCAGACCGGAACGUCGAGCGGGUGGCGGCAUUCGUGCGGCGGUUCGUGCAGGUGCUCGCGGUUGGCGUCGGUGGCGGCGGCGGCGCUGAGUUCGUCGCCGGCGGGCUGUACUUGCUCGGCGAGCUUUUCCAGUCUAUACCUGAGCUCAAGACCCUCCUGGGAGGCAAGGGCAAGCGGGGCGUCGUCCCGGUGGAAGGCGAGGACUACGAUCCCCUCAAGCGGGACCCUCAGUACGCACACGCAUCGGCGACGCCGAUGUACGAGCUGAUGCCCCUGCUCCACCACUACCACCCGACCGUGUCGCUGCACGCCCGCCAGCUGCUGAACUCUGAGCCGAUCACCGCAUCGCCCGACCUCGCGCUCAACACGCUCUCGCACUUCCUUGAUCGUUUCGUGUACAAGAACCCGAAGAAGCCGCGCACGAGGGGGCCCAGCGCUAUGCAGCCUGCUGCGAGCGCGCAGGACGGCGCAGGCGGGGUCAAGAUGUCGCGAGGCGAGGUCGCCGACGACGGCCUGCGCGUGAACGAGGAGAACUGGUGGAAGAGGAAAGCAGAGGACGUGCCGGCCGACCAGGUGUUCUUCCACAGAUACUUCACGAAGAAGAAAGAAAGGGAAGACGAAAAGGCCGCGAAGGUGGGGAAGCGGAGAGGCCGCGAGGAUGAGUCGGACGAGUCGGACGGAGACGAGGGUGCUAGUGACGACGGCGAGCUGUCUGCAUCGGAUGUUGAGCCUUCCGCUGAAGUCGAAGACGAUGUCGAAGGACCCGAUAGCGACGCCAUGAAAGCAACCAUGCCUGCGGAACUGCAAGACGAUGACCUGAUGGAAGAUAGCGAGGAUGAGGACGAUAUCCCAUCAGGGCUUGACGAGGACAGCGAGGACGAAAACAUCAGUCUCUCUGACAAGGAGUCUGCCAACGAAGACGAACCAGAAGAGGAAGAGGACGAUGGAUCCGAUGCAUUCUCUUUGGUUGAAGGCUCAGAUGCAGAAGACUUGUUGUCGCUCGAUGCCGACGUCGACGUGCCUGGAGGCAUAGGCCUCAUCGAGUACGAUGGCUCUGUCGCGUCCGACGACGCAGGCGAGUGGUCUGGAUUCGGCGCCGAAGGAGAUGCGCAAAGCAAAAAGGGCAAGCGGAAACGCGAGCAGGACGGCGCGAAAGACCGGAGGAAGAAGCUGAAGAGCUUACCGACAUUCGCGAGCUACGAGGAUUAUGCACGCAUGAUCGAGGAUGGCCCGGAGGAUAACUUAUAGGCGAACAUCCUGAUCGUAUUCGUUCCUGUUAAUGUCCGUUUCAUGUUAAUCACAUUUCAUUUUCACUGU